UUGCUGCUGGUGCUGCGCCGCCCAAGAUCAUGGUCAUGGGCGCACUCGGCCGCGCCGGCUCAGGCGCCGUGGCGCUCUGCGAGGCCGCUGGCAUCACCGGCGACGACCUCCUCAAGUGGGACAUGGCCGAGACGGCCGGCGGCGGCCCGUUUGACGCCAUCGUCGAUGUCGACGUCUUUGUCAACUGCAUCUACCUUUCCAAGCCCAUCCCGCCGUUUGUCACCCUCGACAUGAUCGAGUCUGCAGCCGCCCCGCGCCUCUCGGUGGUGUGCGACGUGUCGUGCGACACAACGAACCCGCACAACCCGAUUCCGUUUGCCAACGUCAACACCACCUUUGACGCACCCAUGACCCACGUUGGGAGCGAGGCUCGCGGUGUUGACAUUGUCACCAUCGACAAUCUGCCGUCUCUCCUCCCUCGCGAGGCCUCGUCCGAGUUCAGUGACGCCAUGCUGCCGUUUAUGGUCGCCUGGGCCGCCGCCGCCGAAGCCGGCGCCCAGCUGCCGCCCGAGUGGGCCGCCUCGGCCGGCCAGUACGUCAAGCACCGCGCGCUGGCCGACAUCGCCACCGCGGGCGAGAGCGCGGCGUAGCACGCCCACGCCCACCCCGCACUAAAACUUGGCCAUCGCCGCCUCA